AUGCUCAGGUCCGUCUCGGUCUUCCUGGGUGUCGUGCAGGAGAAGAGAGACAAGCACGAGGGAAAAGGCUCUCAUCGCGCGCGAGAGCUGAACCCCUACCUCCGAGACGGUGGCAGCGGCGUCCCGGAGGAGGGCGAACCUCCCCCGCCCAGGGCUCGAGGGGUGGCGGAUGGCGGUGCCAGCUGGCGCCUGAAGGCACUCCAGCGAGCCAAGGCCGCCGCGGCUGCAGAGGGCAAGGACUUCCGCGCCGAGGUGGCGGAGCGCUGGGGUUCUGUGGCCGAGCUCACCACAGGCCUGCAGUCGCACAGGGCUGCCCACGGAGUGCAAGGUGCUGAUGCCGUCGAGGCGCUGCCCCUGGUGGACGCGCGGGGCCGCGCCGUGCCUGGCGCCUUUGGCCGCGAGGUGGCCGGCGCCGGCGCCGUGCCGGCAGGCAAACGCCCGGCCAGGAAGCUGGAGCGGUACGAGGCGGGCCAGCGCAGCCGCUACUUCGCGGACGACGAUGCCGCAGACCUGGCCACGCUGGUCAAGCGCGCCAAGCACGGCGGGGAGGCCGACCUGGAUCGCAGCCUGGCCGCGGGCAUUGCGCGCUCCGCGCGGUACAAGGCCACCGACCUCGACCCCGACGACGAGUACGACCACGAUGCGGGGUUGGAGUUGAUGGACCGCACGCAGAGAAAGCACGGUGACGCCGCGCAGCAGGCGCAGCGCGAUAAGGCGCGGCAGGUGCGCGAAUUUGGCCGUGCGGCGCGGGGCCAGGAACGCUGCGGGCGCUGCUUCACCUCCGUGGCACGGCAGCGCCACCUGGCGCUGGCGGUGGGGCAGGGCGCCUACCUGGCGCUGCCGCCGAGGGGCCGCCUGGUGCCGGGGCACUGCCAGAUCCUGCCCAUGGAGCACGUGCCCUCCACGCGUCAAGUGGACGAGACGGUGUGGACGGAGCUGCGCAACUUCAAGAAGUGCCUCAUCCAGAUGAACAUGCAGCAGGGCAUGGAGUGCAUCUUCUUCGAGACUGCUCUGCGCCUGGGCGACCCCCGCUCCCACGCGGUUGUGGAGUGCGUGCCCAUACCCAUGGAACUUGCCGGGCGAGCGCCCAUGGUGUUCAAGAAAGCCAUUGACGAUGCCACGAGCGAGUGGGCGCAGCACCACGCCAAGCGGUUCAUCGAUACCCGGGCAAAGGGCUUGCGAGGCUCCAUCCCGGAGAACUUUGCCUACCUCCAUGUGGAAUUUGGGCUGUCGGCAGGAUUCGUGCAUGUAGUGGAUGACGAGUCCACAUUCGACGCUUCCUUGGCCCGGAGCGUGCUCAUAGGUCUGCUGGGCCUGCCCGAGGCGGACAUGCAUCGGAAGGCAAAGGCAGAGUCUCAGACGCUGCAGGAACGAUGGGCGCGCGAAUUCCGGGCAGAGUUUGAUGCCUUUGACUGGACCAAGAUGCUAGACUGA